AUGGACUUGCGCUCGAUCCUCAACGAACCCGUCGAGGACGUCUACGCCCCCCACACCAAGCGCUCGUUGACUAUCAAAUCCGAGCCUUUAGGCGAGACCUCGCUCGAGCGACUUAUCGACCACAACAGCAUGAUCAAGAACCUCCGCCACGACCUACAAGAAACAAACGAGCGCCUUUCAAAGAUCGACAAGGAACUCAGCACGUUCAAAGAAACCCACUGCGACCUGCUCGAGCGGUUCGAAAACUACGGCGACGCCAUAGGCGCCGAGAUCAAGACGCUGCGCGCGGCAGAGGUGGUCGCGAACCAGACCGAGAAGCGCGCGACGCGGGGCGAGAACGAGGAAAAGAGGUUGCUAGAGCAGUUCAGCAAGCUCACGAUCCGCCAGGACGCAGCUGCGAAAACGCUGGCGGAUCAGGCGAACGGCAACGAUCAGGCGAUUUCGGCAGACAUCAGCAGCCUGAGCGUGCUGCAGGACACGCUGCAGACCGAGGUCGCCGAGCUGCAGGUCAAAGUCAAGAAAAACUCCGACGAGGCCGACCAGGUCCGGGUCGACUACCAGCGGGAGUCGUCGCGCGCGGCCGAGCUCUGCCGCGAGGUCGAGGACGCAAAGGAGCUUGGUGCGGAGCUUGCGCGCAAGGCGUCGGGCGAGGCGAUGCGGCUGCGGGCGGAGCAGCGCGAUAUGGACCUGCAGGCGCGCGACAGCGUGAUUGACGAGCUCAGUAUCCAGAUUAGCAAUCUUGAGGAUACGCUGCGCCGGCUCGAGCUCGAUCAGCAGCAGCGGAUAGCAAAGUACAGCGCGUCGAGGCCUGCGAACGGAUACUCUUCGCGACGGACGCGGUCGCCUGCUGUGUCUACGCUUUCGCGAGGAUGCUCGCCGGGUACGUUCAAUAGCCAGCAGUCGAACAGUAACAACAACAGCAGCAGCACCAGCAGCGGACAUCCCUUGCAGCAGUCGCAGAUUGUCUAG